GGGUGGUAGAUUCACAGAUAAGCUUUUGUAGGCAAUACCCUUUGCUGGCUGGACGGGAGGCGGAGUAGCAGCCUGAUUAAAGCAGCAGCCUGGAAGGAAGAAGGAAGGAAGGAGCGAGGGAGGGACGGGAACAGCAGCAGUCGCUGGAGGAAAGAGCAGCGAGCUGGGCUGCCCUUGGGGUAGCUGGGGAAGGAGGCCCCCGCGAGGACACGUUUUGUUUUUGCUUUUUUUUUUUUUUUUUAUACGAGAAUAGUUCUCCGAAGGUUCUUGCAGGGACCGAUCGUACUGGAGCCCGGCGACCCCGACCUUCGCAGGUGACAGGCGGUCACCCCGGUCGGAGUCAGCUCCGCCCUGUCACCCUCCUCCCGCCCACAGCCCCAUUCUCCGCCCCGCUUCCCAGUGCCUGCCCCUGGCGAGCGCGCGGCCGCAGCGGGCUGCAGGGCUGGAGCCCGCGGCACCAGGGGCCUCAGCACCGGCCUGGAGGCCCGGUAAACCUGCUGGGGAAGAAGCGGGGUAAACGAGGCUCAAGGCUCGGUCGGAGAACGGAGGAUGCCCAUUUAACGCGCCCUUUCCUGCCCAUCCGCUGCCAGGCGCUCGCCUGAGUGCCCGCAGCCAGCGCCUGCCAGCCUCGCCCGGGGAAGUGCCGCAUGGGGCAGGGCCGCUGAGGCGCGGAGUUGGGGAUCCCAUCGCGCCCUAAACCAGCGCAGAGAUCCGGUGCAGCACUUGGCACAGUUUCGGCGGCGCCUGCACAGCCAGACUUGGGGGCGCGGUGCGCCCGGCGGGCCACCCCGCUGCUCAGCAGAGGAGCGAGUUAUGGAGCCGCCCAGCUGCCUUCAGGAUGAGCCGUUCCCGCACCCGCUGGAGCCCGAGCCGGGCUCCCCGGCGCAGCUUGGCCAGGGGAAACCGGGCGACAAGCAGUUCCGGCUCUGGUACGUGGGAGGCUCGUGCCUGGACCGGAGGACAACGCUGCCCAUGCUACCCUGGCUCAUGGCCGAGAUCCGCCGGCGCAGCCAGAAGCCGGAGGCUGGCGGCUGUGGGGCCCCCGCGGCCCGCGAGGUCGUCCUGGUGCUCAGCGCGCCCUUCCUGCGCUGCGUCCCCGCGCCCGGGGUUGCGGGGGGCGCCGGCCCUUCGGCCCCGCAGCCCAACCCCGCGGUGUUCAUCUUCGAGCACAAGGCGCAGCACAUCGCGCGCUUCAUCCAUAACAGCCACGACCUCACCUACUUUGCCUACCUGAUCAAGGCACAGCCGGACGACCCUGAGUCGCAGAUGGCCUGCCACGUUUUCCGCGCCACUGACCCCAAUCAGGUCCCUGAUGUAAUGAGCAGCAUAAGACAGUUAUCCAAAGCCGCCAUGAAAGAAGGCGCCAAGCCCAGCAAGGACAACGAGGAUGCCUUUUACAACUCGCAGAAGUUCGAGGUUCUGUACUGUGGCAAGGUGACGGUGACGCACAAGAAGGCCCCAUCCAGCCUCAUCGACGACUGCAUCCAGCAGUUCAGCCUGCAUGAGCAGCUGCGCCUGCGGCUGCAGGGCGAGGAGCCGGGGGCCUGGGAGGCCGAGGUGCCCCCGUCCCCGGGACACAGCCUGCCCGAGGAGGCCGAGGGCCCCCCUGACAGCUCCCCAGCCCUGCCAGCCCCGACCAGCCAGCCUGCACUGCCCAGCAAUCGGGGUUGCUUCCCAGAGAGGAUUUUGGAAGACGGCGACUUCGAUGAGCAGCAGGAGUUUCGGGUUCGUUGCAGCAGUGUCACCGGAGUCCUGCAAAAGAAGCUUCAGGAGAAUAGCCAGAAGUCACAGCCCAGGAGGCGGCACGCGAGCGCGCCCAGCCACGUGCAGCCCUCGGACUCGGAGAAGAACAGGACCAUGCUCUUUCAGGUUGGGCGAUUUGAGAUUAACCUUAUCAGUCCAGACAGUAAAUCAGUUGUGCUAGAGAAGAAUUUUAAAGAUAUCUCCUCUUGUUCUCAGGGUAUAAAGCACGUUGAUCACUUUGGCUUUAUCUGUCGGGAGUCUCCGGAGCCGGGACUGAGCCAGUACAUUUGUUAUGUGUUCCAGUGUGCCAGCGAGUCCCUGGUGGAUGAGGUCAUGCUGACCCUGAAGCAGGCUUUCAGCACGGCGGCUGCACUGCAGAGUGCCAAGACGCAGAUCAAGCUGUGCGAGGCCUGCCCCAUGCACUCUUUGCAUAAGCUCUGUGAGAGGAUCGAAGGUCUCUACCCUCCACGAGCCAAGCUAGUAAUCCAGAGGCAUCUCUCAUCACUGACCGAUAAUGAGCAAGCUGACAUCUUUGAACGAGUUCAGAAAAUGAAGCCCAUCAGUGACCAGGAAGAAAAUGAACUGGUGAUCUUACACCUGCGGCAGCUGUGUGAGAGCAAGCAGAAGACCCAUGUGCACACUGGAGAAGGGCCGGCUGUGUCGAAUAUUUCAAGUAGUACAAUCCCAGAAAAUGUGACGAGCGGUGGAAGAUUCAAGCUUGACAUUUUGAAAAAUAAAGCAAAGAGAUCCUUAACCAGCUCCUUGGAAAAUAUCUUCUCAAGGGGUGCUAACAGAAUGAGAGGCCGGCUGGGAAGUAUGGACAGCUUUGAGCGAUCUAACAGUCUUGCUUCAGAGAAGGACUACUCCCCAGGGGACUCUCCUCCAGGGACCCCACCAGCCUCUCCCCUGUCCUCUGCCUGGCAAGCCUUCCCGGAGGAAGACUCGGACUCCCCGCAGUUUCGAAGACGGGCACACACCUUCAGCCACCCUCCUUCCAGCAGCAGGAGAAAGCUGAACCUGCAGGAUGGCCGGGCACACGGGGUGCGCUCGCCUCUGCUGAGGCAGAGCUCCAGCGAGCAGUGCAGCAUUCUUCUGUCAGCUCGACGCAUGCACAAGGAGAGUCUUUCUUCCUCCAGCCUUCCAAGCCUUCACACUUCCUUCUCUGCCCCUUCCUUCACUGCCCCCUCUUUCCUGAAAAGCUUUUACCAGAAUUCAGGUAGACUGUCCCCACAGUAUGAAAAUGAACUCAGACAGGACACUGCUUCAGAAUCAAGUGAUGGAGAAGGAAGAAAACGGACCUCAUCCACCUGUAGCAACGACUCCCUGACCGCUGGAGGAACACCUGUCACCCCGCGUCGGAUCUCCUGGCGGCAGCGCAUUUUCCUGCGGGUUGCAUCCCCCAUGAACAAAUCCCCCUCGGCAAUGCAGCAGAAAGAUGGACUGGACAAGAACGAGCUGCUGCCCCUGUCCCCACUCACUCCCACUAUGGAGGAAGAGCCUCUUGUUAUAUUCCUGUCUGGUGACGACGACCCAGAAAAGGUGGAAGAGAAAAAGAAAUCAAAAGAAUUAAAGAGCUUGUGGAAGAAAGCUAUACACCAGCAAAUCCUGUUGCUUCGCAUGGAGAAGGAAAAUCAAAAACUGGAAGCAAGAAGAGAUGAACUCCAGUCCAGAAAAAUUAAAUUAGACUAUGAGGAAGUUGGUGUGUGCCAGAAAGAAGUUUUAAUAACCUGGGAUAAGAAGCUGCUAAACUGUAGAGCUAAAAUCAGAUGCGAUAUGGAAGAUAUCCAUACUUCUCUUAAAGAAGGAGUUCCUAAAAGUCGACGGGGAGAAAUAUGGCAGUUCCUAGCUUUGCAAUACCGUCUGAGACACAGGCUACCCAACAAACACCAGCCCCCCGACACCUCCUAUAAAGAACUCCUCAAGCAGCUCACCGCUCAGCAGCAUGCUAUCCUCGUGGAUCUGGGGAGAACAUUUCCUACUCACCCCUACUUUUCGGUGCAGUUAGGCGCGGGGCAGUUGUCCCUUUUCAACCUCUUGAAAGCCUAUUCUCUGCUAGACAAGGAGGUGGGCUACUGUCAGGGGAUCAGCUUUGUGGCUGGAGUCCUGCUUCUGCACAUGAGUGAAGAACAAGCCUUUGAAAUGCUGAAGUUCCUCAUGUACGACCUGGGCUUCCGCAAGCAGUACCGGCCCGACAUGAUAUCACUCCAGAUUCAAAUGUACCAGCUGUCCCGCCUUCUUCAUGACUACCACCGAGAACUCUACAAUCAUCUGGAGGAAAAUGAGAUCAGCCCCAGUCUCUACGCCGCCCCGUGGUUCCUCACACUCUUCGCCUCUCAGUUUCCAUUAGGAUUUGUAGCCCGAAUUUUUGAUAUGAUUUUUCUCCAGGGCACUGAAGUUAUAUUUAAGGUUGCACUCAGCUUACUGAGCAAUCAAGAGACACUUAUAAUGGAGUGUGAAAACUUUGAAAAUAUAGUUGAAUUUCUCAAGAGUACUCUUCCUGAUAUGAACACUUCUGAAAUGGAAAAAAUUAUUACCCAGGUGUUUGAGAUGGAUAUUUCCAAACAGUUGCACGCCUACGAGGUGGAGUAUCUUGUGCUGCAGGAUGAGCUACAAGAAUCAUCAUUUGCCUGUGAGGAUAACGAAUCUCUGGAGAAGCUGGAGAGGGCCAACAACCACUUGAAGAGACAGAACAUGGACCUCCUUGAAAAGUUACAGGUGGCUCAUGCUAAAAUCCAGGCCUUGGAAUCAAACCUGGAAAAUCUUUUGACCAGAGAAACCAAAAUGAAGACUUUAAUCCGAACCCUGGAACAAGAGAAAAUGGCUUAUCAAAAGACAGUGGAACAAAUUCGGAAGCUAGUGCCAGCAGAUGUUCUUGCCAACUGUGAGUUACUGUUGAGAGACCUAAACUGCAACCCUAACAACAAAGCCAAGGCAGGAAAUAAGCCAUAAUUCACAACCUGCAGCCUCAGCACAAAGUCCUCCUUUGAAUGGGAUUGAGGAGGAACUUGGUAUGUAGCUGGCUCACACUGGACCUGAAGCUGGAGGAGCUACUGUGCACUGGUGCUGAGUCCCGGUGAGCAGAGCGUGCCAAUUCUAAGCCAUUGUACAUACAAUCCAGACUGUUUUUUCCCCCCUUGUUGUUGCUGCCUAUGUAUAUAGAUGUAAAAUGGACACAAAGAAUUCAUGCUUUCAAAUAUAACGAGUAGACAUAUAUUUACAACAAUUCUUUUUUAUUUCCGUCAGAAACUUCAUGAAAUUUACACCAAAGGGAAGUUGAAGUGAAAUUCCCCAUGGACACAUGAAAAAAAGUUGUUUUUGUUUGCCUUUGUAGUGAAACAAAGCUAGAUAACAUCUAUGUAUAUUGAAAUAUACUUGAAAAAAAUGAAUGUAUUUUUUUUUCCUCCAAAGAAUAGCAUGUUUCACUCAAGGGUGAAAGCUGGAAACAUCAUGCAAUUUUAUGUGAAUCUGUCUUAAAUUUUACUGACGUUGUCUAUUGAGGCAGAUGACUGGUUGUUGGUCUCGUUCCUCUGGGCUGUUGGGGAAAGUGAUUGCUUUGUGCCAUCAAGGUUGUGUCUGCAUGAGUUUUGAGUCUGGUUAGGCCUCGUUUUAGAUACCCUAAGGAGAAAGCAGAACAUCAUGGUAAAGGAUAAUGUUGAUAAUUUUAUAGUAAUUUGGAACAUACUGAUCAUUUAAGCAUAAACUCUCAGGCUUCAGAAAUAAGAAUUUAAUACCUAAAUUGUAUAGAUGAGUCUUCUCCCUUUUUAUUUAAAUGAUUUCUGCAAUUGUGCUUGGCUACCUUUGCCAAGUGACAUAGAUUUGACAUUUUUCCUUCUCAAAUUACCAUGAGAGCCCUCAGUUCUCUCUUUUCCUUCAAUAUAGGAUAAGCAAAUGCAGUUAUGAUUGAUUUUUUUUCCCCAAAGAUGGCAUACCGUGUGUAGACACUUUUUCCUCCCUUGGCCUAUUGACAGAGUCAAAUAAACUCUACAUCAUCUUCGGGGAAAUUUACGAGAACUGUGAAAUGUUUAGGAAAUUCAUGGGAAGGGAUGGGAAAGAUGGCAUCAGCCUAGCCAAAUCUUAACAUUUUGCAUAUGGUCUUUUAAGUGCCUCUGCAUAUGAGUAGUUUAUUGGUGGACGUUGAUGAGUGGUGGGCAUGUGUGAGAAAAGGAGUUCUUCAUAGCUGAGAUGAUUUUGUUAUCGUGUUUUGCUUUUCCAAAUUGUAUUUAUCGUUAUUGCUCUUGUUACUUUUAUCUUUGCUGGACUUGUGACUUCAUGGAUGGAUUCUUUAGGGUAGUUUUCUUCAGAGAGUUUGUUUUCCAUAAUCUGAAAUGUGUCAUGGAGGAGAGGCAUCAAGCUCUGCGAAUCUCAGGAACCCUUGAUGAACAGUGGAAACCCCAUCUACACUGUGAAUUGGUGUGAAGCUCACCAUUCUUCCUGUAGAUGUGCAUGAUUUCUUACACAACAGUCAAGUCUGAGUAGCAAGUAAAGUUAGUCUAAUUUCUAGGUCCUAGGAGAUGGUGGUUCUAAAUAUCUCAUUUAGUUGGGACCACCGAAGUAUUUGUUGUUUGGAUUUCCUGAAAAUGUCCCUAUUAGUAGGAGGGUAGAUUUCAAACAAUUUUUGUUAUUAUUGUCUUUAAGUAGUUGGACAAAGGGAUUUCCAUUCAACAAGUCAGAUUAUGAGUACAAAGGAUCUUGAUCAAUGAUACUUUGAAUGUUUUUAAAUUCUGUAUCAGUAGGACAAAUAGUAUCUUCUUAUCAUAGAGUAAUGGAAUUUGCCUUAUGGAUGUGAUACACAAGUGUCAGAUAAUGGGUCUUGAAGUUGGGGAAGGUAACUUUUUUUUUCAGAUAUUUAGUUUAAACUAUUCUGGAUGUUUAGGAUCAACCUCAUGAAUUGCAUCAUGGUGGUCAGAGAUGAAGGUGAUUCAGUCUUCUUUUCUCUUGGAAGUCAAAUUUUCUGUUUCAUUUGUGACUCUUAUACAUGUUACAUCAAUUAUACUCCAUACAUUUUACAUCUGUAUCAGAUUAAUGUCAUGUUGAAUUCAUUUCCAAUAAAUACAUUGUUGCAGUU